UUAGGUCCAGAAUACACCCCUGCCUUCGCGCCCUUCCUUGGGUUCGCAGGCUGUGCCGCCGCCAUGAUCCUCUCCUGUGCCGGCGCCGCCAUCGGCACCGCCAAGUCCGGCAUUGGUAUCGCCGGUAUCGGUACCUACAAACCUGAAUUGAUCAUGAAGUCGCUCAUUCCCGUCGUUAUGUCGGGUAUCUUGUCUGUCUACGGGUUGGUGGUGUCGGUGUUGAUUGCUGGAGGCUUGGAUCCCUCCAAAAACUACUCACUUUUCAAUGGAUUUAUGCACUUGGCCUGUGGGUUGUCGGUUGGCUUUGCAUGCUUGGCUUCUGGUUAUGCCAUUGGUAUUGUUGGAGACGAAGGUGUGCGUCAGUACAUGCACCAGCCACGGUUGUUUGUGGGGAUCGUGUUGAUUUUGAUUUUUGCUGAGGUGUUGGGGUUGUACGGAAUGAUUAUUGCGUUGAUCUUGAACACCAAGGGCAGUGAUUAGCGAGUUUACUUCUGCAUUUAUCUAGUAUAAAUUAUUGACUAAUACACAUAG